AUGUCUCAAGCUAAACCAAAUAUUGGUAUUUUAAUUGCAACGCAGUUUAUUAGCAUGCUUGGUGAUGCUUUCGGACAAAGAUGUAGUAGAGUAAAUUAUAAAAGAAAAACCCGUCAUAUGAUGAUUGGAUUAUGUUUAAUGACAGCAGUUCAAAUGUUUUUUUUUAUGGGUAUAUUUCAACUAUCAUUACCAACAUCAAUUACAAGUGCUAUUUAUAUAGAUAAUGUAAAAGUAGAUUGUUAUUAUGAAUUGGAUGUUCAAGGUAAAAUUAUGGAUUGUACACCUGCAAAUUGCACAGUUAUCCCAUGUAAAAGUCAAGGACCAUUCUCUAUUUUUAGAUCAAUUAAAUUACACCCAUUUCUUUUAACAAAUGGUUUAAUGAAUAUAAUCUAUUAUAAUGGUGAAGUUUUUUUAUAUAAAGAACCAUUUGGAUUAAUCUUUUUAGUUAUUUCAGCAUUAUCAUCAACAUUUUUAAUUGAUCCUUUAAAUAUUAUUUUCGGAGAACCAAUUAACCAACCUAUUCCAGCCUUAAUCUAUAUAUUAGGAAUUACAGGAUCAGUUAUUUCGGUAAUAGAGUUAACACCCAGAAAGUUUAAUUUCUUUAAUAGAAAAUCAAAAAAAGAAGAAGAGGAAAAACUUAUUGCAGGUGCAGAUGAAGAUUCAAAUAAACUUUUAAACAAUAAAGAUGAAUAUUUGGAUCAUCAAAUUGAUGAGCAAAACGGUAGCAGUAGUAUCAAUAAAUCAAUUGAUAAUAUAGAUGAUGCAAUAGAUAAUACAUCGCUUUUAUCAUCACCAUCAUUAAAUAUUAAUAGUGAUAAACAGGAGCAACAGGUAGAAGAGCAAGAAGAAUCACAGCAAACAGAAAUUAACCAACUCAGCAAUAGCGAUAAUAAUAAUAAUAAUAAAAGCAAGCAAUUUGUUAGUAUUUUAAUUAGAGGAUUAAAAAUUUUAAUCCCCAUUACCUUAUUAGCACUAGCCAAUGCUCUUUGGAUGGAAACAUCAUUGUUUUAUAAUGAUCAAUUUAGAACCAAUGCAUUUGGGUACAAUUCAUUAGAUCAAUGUUUAUUACCAUUUUAUUUAUUCCCAUUUAUGCUUUUGAUAGAUGUAAUUAAGCCAUUAAAGAAUGCUUUUCUCUCGGAAGAGGAAACAAAAGAAUCAUUAGUGCAGGCUGUAAAAUCAACAUGGAAUGAGACCAGCCUUUGGACAUUAUUUAUUUAUAGAUUUUUAAUUAAUGGUAGAGCAAUUAUGUAUUUUUAUUUAGCAAUUGAAUAUGACUUAACCAUGGUUUAUUUAGAGUCAACAUUAAUAAGAGUUUUUAUGAAUUCAAUUGGUGCUGUAUUAUUAAAUUUAAUUGUUCCAAAAUGGAUCGAUGCCACACCCGAAGAAAGAAAGAGAACUUUUUAUCCUGUAAAUUUAUUCCUAAGAUUAGCUGGCUCAGCUGGUGUAGUAGUUUCUCUUUUAAUUUUAAAUAAAUAA